CACAAGUUUAUGCUGAAAAAAGUCAUGCUGGCUCCGCUUUUAGGCAGUGCCUAAAUCUAUAUAUUAUCUAAAGCAAGGCCAUAAUCUCAGUAAAUAGUACUUAUUCGGUGGCGUUUAAAAUAGCCAUUGCUUUUCUUUUCACCCCCUUUCCUCUGUCGAUGUACUAAUUUCAUCAUUGUUGUAUGUUGUAGAUAGAUUAAGAUGCUAAGUACGUUUUCCAUUUUAUUUGUCACAGAAAUCUAUAUAGCUUUUACAGUUUUAUAGGUUUUGUAUCUAUAGCAAGGCAAUAAUCUCAGUACAUAAUACUAAUUCGGUGGCGUUAGAAAUUGCCAUUGCUUUUCUUUUCACCCCCUUCCUCUGUCGACAUACUAAUUUUAUCAUUGUCACUUAUGUUUCCAACUGGGGUUUCGAGGAAAUUAAACAAGCAUCAAAGUUUGCUCUAGACAAACAACACCCACGCACUAUAUCCUUUGGCUUCCAAUCGUACUAUUUGCAGGGAAUUGCAUUGAUAAGCUUUAGGCAAGAUUACUUUUCGCCUUAUUUUUUUUUCCAAAGCCACACCAUCAGAAAAUAAAUAAUCUGUAGACGUGAUAUUAAAAAAACAUUCAAUGACAAACUUUCUUUCUGUCCAUUUCGUGAACAUAUUUUAGGUAGGCGUAAUUGGAAGUUGUAAUUAAACAGUCUGCUGUCUAAAGGCGGAUUUGAAAAUUCGAGAGACUGUUUUAAGAAUGUUUUGACUGUUCUCUCUUUGGGAAGAUUCAAGCAGCUGCUAAGAUACUAAAAGGCGAGAAAAGCAAUCAACGUUUGAAAGAGGCGCUGUUAUAGCUUGUUAUUGUUCCUCUAAUCAAACCCUGGUGUUAAAAAAUUACGGACUCUUUAGAGUGUACCGUGCAUUUGGAUAAUAUCUUCUUCAAGUUCAAUCCAGAAAGAUUUCUUUUGGAAGAUACAAGCAGCAGCUGCAGAGAGACUAUAAGACGAGUGAGAAAUUAACGUUAGAAAAAAAGAGUAAUAGCUGGAAUAGCUUGUUUAAGGAUAGCUAUUGCUCCUCUAAACAAACCCUGGUGUUGAAAAAAAAAAAUACGGAAUCUAUUGAGUGUUCCGUGCAUUUUCAUAACAUCUACUGCUGGCUAACUUUAAGCGGAUUACAGUAAGAGACUCGGAGACACUCGUUAGCAGAUGAUUUAAGAGUGACAUGACUCUUUAGAGUGUACCGUGCAUUUUGAUAACAUCUAUUGAUGGUUAAUUUCAAGCGGAUUACAGUAAGAGACUCGGAGACACUCGUUAGCAGAUGAUUUAAGAGAGUCAUGACUUACAAUUACUCUUGCUACCAUUUCACUGACUGGAUCAAUGAAGGACACAUAACUCAAGCAGAGUUUAUAGUCAUUGCUGUACUGAACGGAGUCACCAUUCUACCUAAUAUAUUCCUGAACUUUAUGGUUCUCGUCUCAAUAUGGCGGACUCCGACCCUCCAUACACCUGCCCUGGUGCUCAUAUUCAACCUUGCUUUGUCAGACUUAUCUGUUGGGUUCAUCUCGCAGCCUGUUAUACUUGCUUGGAAUGCUCUAGAAUUCGACGCAGCCAAGUGGCCCAAGUUGUACUGCGGGCUUUGUGUUUCGUUUGGGUUUACGUCAACGAUGUUUGGAUCUCUUUCUUUGUUAAGUUUGACUGCGGUGGCGGUCGACAGAUAUCUGGCGUUACGUCUUCAUCUGCGAUACUCGGCAGUUUGUACGAUGAAGAGGAGCGUUGAUGUGUGUGUUGCACUUUGGGUGGUCUCGUUGUGUGUUGCAAUCUCAUGGUUUCUGGUCGGGAACACAAUCUUUAACAUCAUCCUCAACUCCUGCAUGGCUAUUUGCUUUAAUAUUAUUAUCUCGUGUUAUUUCCAUAUCUAUAGGAUCCUUAAAAAACACCAGAGACAGAUACGUGGAGCCCAAACGUUAGGCUCCUUUCAAAAUAGCACUUCUCAAUUCUCUUCCACAAGUACUGCUUCGAAUGUGUUAACAGCAAAUAUAAAGCAGUACCAGAAAUCAGUGAUACACUCUUUGUACAUUUACUUCUUCUUCAUUCUCUGCUACAUGCCUUGCAGUGUCGCGUUAGCGUAUUUCGAGCUCAGUCGAGAUAACCGUCGUUCGCCUUCAUUUGUGAAGAUUUUCACUUGUAUUGUGCUGGCGAAUAGUGCUAUAAACCCUUGUAUUUAUUGCUGGAAGAUGAGAGAGCUCCGAACAGCAGUCAGGCAUACCUUACUAGGACUGAGGGAGAUUACAGGCAUCGGGGGAUAGAUGGAUAGACUAUAGGUAUUUGGGGAUAGGUGUAUAUACUGUACUUAUUCAGUGAGAGGAGAUUAUAGGUAUUGGGGAUAGGUGUAUAUACUGAACUUAUUCAGUGAGGGGAGAUUAUAGGUGUUUGGGAUAUGUGUAUACAUUUGUGCAUAUUUAGUGAGGGGAGAUUAUGUCUUUAAUUACUAUAACGUCCUGAGACGCCCGUAAAAUAUAGGCCCAAAUUCCGGAUACUCAUGGAUUCAUCCAAGGCAUAGACCACCCUCAAAAGCGCAUCGAAGCAAUGUAAUAGAAUUUACUUCAUUUUAAAAUAUUAACCUUAAAUUUAUGACCAAUUCGUAAACAAAUGCUUAAACUCAGAAACAUUUCAUGACCAAGAAAGACACGAACUUCCGAGCUACGAAUAAAGACAAGCAAACACAGAUCAAGUCACAAAUAGAUACCUUCAUUGCGCUCCGUCAGGUCCCAUUUUACAGCAAUCAGCCACAAUAAUCAAUGCUAAAACCUCCAUUAAAAGCGAGUCUCCAUGUUUAGGCUAAAUUGCAUGCCUGCACUGCAUCAUGGGAGUCUUGGAAGCACCUUCACAGAGAGGCGGGCAAUCUCCUGCCCAUAAUCAUAACAAUUUUUGUAAUGAGUUUCUUUGCCCCAAAGCCAAACAAAUAAUUUCCACGUCCUAAGAACCCAGAACAAGCCUGCAAACAAUUUUUGAAAGAGGUUGGGUAGCAACUAGAAAAUUCCUUUCUCACUCGGUGUAACCCAAACAAGGAAUUAUCCCAUUCAAUCAACUUCAGCGUGCAAACAUCCAUAUGCAGAGCAUUAAUUAUGGCCAAAUAGACAUCAUGAUGUCCUAAGGCAUGAUGUGAAAAAGCUGUAAUUUACAACAAAACUGUUGUAAGCAACAGGCUGUGGCAAUGCCGUCGCUAGAUUGAAAAGACACCGUCUUGGGUCAGCGGUAGCUUAGCUUAACUGGUAGUGUUGGACUUGAGAUAGGGGGGGGGAGGUCUCUGUUUUCAGUCUGUUUUUCUUACAAUUUUGCUCAAAAGUACCCAGGAGUGAAAGGGUUUAAGGUGUUGGGGAUAGGUGUAAGCAUUGUACAUAUUCUGUGAGGGGAGAUUAUAGGUAUAUAAACACAUAUCUUAACACCUUUCGGUCGUAGAACUGCCAUUUGGCGAUUGCCGUUGGCACUGAGAACCUUUAUUAAAAUAGGUGUAUUUAAAAAAAAAAAACGUCAGUGCAAACGAUGGAUGUCAAAUCGCCGUAGGGUGCUUACGUUGCUAAUAUUCAGAAUAGUAAAGGUGACAAAUAAAAACAAACUAUUUCAAAACCA